AUGAAGACCUUCUCUUUGAGUUCCAUUGUUCUCCUGGCCGUCUUCCUCAGUGUCCACCUUGGAGCUGCCACUGGUGGGAGUGGCUCACCCACGCCCUGCUGCCUCAAUUUCAACCACAAGAUGCUCCCGUGGAACUGGGUGUACUCUUAUGAGCUCGCCAAAGACAGCUGUCUCCAAAAGGUCGUGAUAUUCACUACAAAACGAGGUCAGAAAGUCUGUGUCCAACCACAGGCCAAGUGGGUGCAGAGAUACAUUUCUCUGUUGAAAGCUCAGAAGCAUCUGUGA